AUGUCCUUUUUACAAAACUUUCAUUUAAGUCCAGGUCAGACUAUACGUUCCACAAGAGGUUUCAAAUGGAAUACUGGAAACAAUGAACAACCACAAGGCCAGGGUCAAACUCAACAAAAUGGUCAAAAUUCUCCUUUGGCUAACAAAGGACAAUCAGAUUUUACAUCAAAUUCUAAUUUUAUGACAACUCCCAUAAAACAAAGAGGCACAAAUAACCCAUCUUUAUUUAAUGCACCUGCUGAUCAGCAACAACAAGUUACCGAUUUUAAUUAUACCCCUUCACAUCAAAAACCCUUUAUACAGCCUGUAUCAGGAACUACAGUUACUACUCAUCAAGAUAUUAAAGAGAUUGUAGAGACAACUUUAGGUUCUGAAGGUGUACUAAAUCAAGCUGUUAAAUUACCAAAGGGUGAAAAUGAAAAUGAAUGGUUAGCUGUUCAUGUUGUAGAUUUUUAUAAUCAAAUUAAUAUGUUAUAUGGUACUAUUACAGAAUUUUGUUCACCAGAAUCAUGUCCAAGAAUGAUUGCUACAAAUGAAUAUGAAUAUUUAUGGUCAUUUGAAAAAGGUAGAUCUCCAGUAUCUGUAAGUGCGCCAAAAUAUGUUGAAUGUUUAAUGAGAUGGUGUCAAGAUCAAUUUGAUGAUGAAUUAAUAUUCCCAAGUAGGAGAGAUGGUGUGUUCCCAGAUAGGUUUAUUGAUAAAGUUAUUAUUCCGAUGUUAAGAAGAUUGUUUAGAGUCUACGCUCAUAUAUAUUGUCAUCAUUUCAAUGAAAUUCUAGAGUUGAAUUUACAAACUGUACUAAAUACCAGUUUUAGACAUUUUUGUCUAUUUGCACAAGAAUUCAACUUAUUACGCCCCUCAGAUUUUGGUCCUUUACUAGAAUUAGUUACAGAAUUGAGAGAUAGGUGA